CCCCCGCCCGCUUGCAGCCUGGAACCCGGGUCAGCUUUGGCACCUUCCUGUAGUCAGUGUCCAACUCCUGGCAUAGUGAAGAUUGUGCUCCCCCACCAGCCUCGGUCCUCUUCCAGUUUCCCUCCCGUUACGGGAGCGACCGCCGCGGUUAGUAGGCUGAGGAGCAGUAAAGAAAAGAGGAAGGAUUAAAAAGAAGAAAGACCUGGCUAGGUCUGGGUGGUUUCUGCAGUGCCAGAAAGGGAGGUGACGGUGACGGCGGCGGCUGCGGCUGCGACCACGGCCGCGCGGGACGUGAGGCCCGAGAGCAGCCGGCGGCAGCCGCCGCCGCUCCAGCGCCUCCCUCCGAGGCCGUUAGUCAGCAGAACGCGAGCUCGAGCGGAGGAGCAGGGCCGGUGCGAAGCAAGACCCGGGAGCGCGAGCCCGGCCCCCUCGGGCGCCGCCGUCCUUUCUUGUCCCGGCGCCGGGGGCUGCAGCCCUCAUCCCCUUUCCUCAGCCGGGCUUGUCUGCCAGCGGGGAGAGGCCGGCGGUGGUAGGAGCGUGAAUCUUGCCUUCUGGAGGACAGCGUAUCGGCAGAGGUUGUCUCUCGUUCCUUUCUGCCCGGCGCCUCGGCUCCGGCCCCUCAGGUGCAGAAGAUGAAUAAUCUUUCCUUUAGUGAGCUUUGUUGCCUCUUCUGCUGUCCACCUUGUCCAGGGAAGAUUGCUUCAAAAUUAGCAUUUUUACCACCUGAUCCAACUUACACACUGAUGUGUGAUGAAAGUGGAAGCCGCUGGACUUUACAUCUAUCAGAACGAGCAGACUGGCAGUACUCUUCUAGAGAAAAAGAUGCCAUUGAAUGUUUCAUGACUAGAACCAGUAAAGGCAAUAGGAUUGCCUGUAUGUUUGUGCGUUGCUCACCCAAUGCUAAAUAUACUUUACUCUUCUCACAUGGAAAUGCUGUUGAUCUUGGUCAGAUGAGCAGCUUUUACAUAGGACUGGGAUCACGGAUUAAUUGUAAUAUAUUUUCUUAUGAUUAUUCUGGAUAUGGUGCAAGUUCUGGGAAACCAACUGAGAAGAACCUUUACGCAGACAUUGAAGCUGCUUGGCUUGCUCUUAGAACAAGAUACGGCAUUCGUCCUGAAAAUGUGAUUAUAUAUGGUCAGAGUAUAGGCACAGUACCAUCUGUGGAUCUUGCUGCUCGGUACGAGAGUGCUGCUGUUAUUCUUCAUUCUCCUUUGACCUCAGGAAUGCGAGUUGCUUUUCCUGAUACCAAGAAGACCUACUGUUUUGAUGCAUUCCCUAAUAUUGACAAAAUCUCUAAGAUAACCUCUCCAGUAUUAAUAAUUCAUGGGACUGAAGAUGAAGUCAUUGACUUUUCGCAUGGCCUUGCAUUGUUUGAGCGUUGCCAAAGACCCGUGGAGCCGCUGUGGGUUGAAGGAGCUGGUCACAAUGAUGUGGAACUUUAUGGACAGUAUCUUGAAAGAUUAAAACAGUUUGUGUCACAAGAACUGGUAAAUUUGUAAAAUAUUCUGUAAAUUGUAUACUGGGUUUUCUUUCCUUACUGAACUGCACUCCUUGGUAAAUAACCUAAAACCUGAAGGUUUUGUUUACAAAUCAUAUCAGUUGCCUUCAUAAAUGUACAGGUAAUGAUUUGUUAACAGACUUCAUGAUGGUUUUAAUUACCAGAACUAGAAACUGGAAAUAACAGUAUCAUGCAGUCAAGCUGUGUAAUUUAUAUUUUUUCUGUGAAUUUUUUUUUUAAACAUCAAGAUGAGUACUGUAUGAAAUUUUAAUUCUAUAAAAUCAAGUGCUGUAAAAGUAUUGCCAAAUGCUUUUGCAUAUCAGAAACAAAUUUAUAAAUAUUUUUAAAACAUCUCAAUGUACUAAAUCUUAUCCUGGUAUACAAAUACAAUAUCAUUCUUUAAAGAAAAAUAAAUAAAGGCUGUAUAACUAAAACAAUUCAAGUACUCAAAAUAGAAUAAACUGUUAAAAAAAUAUAUGAGAACAUACAAUUUCACUAGAAUUGACCUCAGCCCUGUUGUACAGGGAUAGAGGUUUAAAUGGUUAUUUUAUUGUAAAAUAUAUUGGAUUUUCUGUAUUCUCUGGUUAUCAUACAUUCUCCUAAAAAGAAUAAAAUGAUGUUAAGUCUUAAUUUUUA